UGUCUUUGUCUGUGGUUCGUAGGAGAGUACCAAAGCAGGCAUGGGCCAUGCCAUCACUGUGACUUCAGCUGCAACACGUGCCAUGGGCCUGAGGUUGAAGACUGUCUCACCUGCAGCACCCUCCGGCUUUAUGACAAAGGGACGUGUGUGAUCCGCUGUGACACGGGCAAGUAUGGCAUGGACGGGAGCUGCCACCUCUGCCACCACACCUGCCACGAGUGCUCAGGCGAUGGCCCUGCAAACUGCACCAGCUGCCAACCAGAUCCGUCGGGAGCUAAGCGGUACCUGGUGGCAGGCGAGUGUCGCUACUCGUGUCCCGAGGGUUACUUCCCGUCUCCGUCCCACAGCGAGUGCCGGCCGUGUCCCAGCAACUGCCAUGUGUGUGCGUCCCCUGAGCACUGUGUGCACUGCAGCCCCGGCUACUACCCCAAGGACGGAGACUGCCUCUCCCUCAGCUGUGGAGAAGGCGCUGUGGAGGAUGAUGACCAUGAGGAGUGUGUGACCUGUGAAGAAGGCUGUGAGAGGUGCUUGACAAUUAAUAGAUUCCACUGCAAUGCCUGCUACAAAGACUACUACCAGCAUGGGGUGGCGUGCCACAGGCACUGUCCUGACGGGACGUAUGGGGACAACAGCACCUUGACCUGCAUGAUGUGUGACGCGCACUGCCGCAUCUGUGACGCGUCCCAGUGCUACUGGUGCGACGAUGACUAUUACCUCUCAGAUGACAAGUGUGUGAAGCAGUGUGCGGAGGGGCUGUACGGUGACGAGGAGCGGCGCGAGUGUGAGUCGUGUCACCACACCUGCCGCACCUGCAGCGGCCCCGCCCACGACGACUGCGACUCGUGCGAGGACGGCAUGACGCUGGAGAAGGGCCUGUGUGUCCCCGUGGACGUCACCGUCACCUGUGGCACCAAUCACUUCCUCACAGCGACGGGCACCUGUAUGGCGUGCUACUCUGACUGCGGCACCUGCUCUGGACCAUUUGCCAACCAGUGUGACACCUGCGGCCAAGGUAACUUCCUGUCACCUGAUCAGCGGUGUGUGAGGCGUUGCCCAGCAGGCAGCUUUGGUAACGAGUCGUCAUGGCGAUGUGAGGAGUGUGUGGCGGGCUGCACGCAGUGUAGAGACGCCCACAGCUGCCAACGCUGCCAGACUAGCCCUGCUGAACUGUACCUGCAGAGCGGACGCUGCGUACCAGAGUGCCAGGGGGGCUACCCGGUGGCAGGUGAGUGUGAGGCGUGUGAUGCCCACUGCGUGUCGUGCGAGGGCCCGGGCAUGUGUGAGCAGUGCGAUGAGCAGUACCUGUUACACGGCCUCUCCUGUGUGGAACACUGCCCACCUCGCUAUCGCCCCCUAGAGGGAACCUGCCAACGCUGCCCCAACGGCUGCUCAGACUGCCAUGGAGAAUACUGCACUGGUUGUGAGAAGUAUUACUUCCUACAUCAGCACCAGUGUGUGGACGACUGUCCCAGGGCUUUCUACGCCAGCGUGCUGACCCAGAAGUGUGACGCGUGUCACCCGGACUGUGCGGCGUGUGACGGCCCCGAGGAUGACGACUGCAUAGACUGCAGCGACCGCCGGGCGACGCGUUACCGCGGGAAGUGUGUGAGACUGUGCCCAGCGAACACCUACCAAGACAAGCAGAGGGGCGAGUGCCAGGAUUGCCAUGAGACGUGUCAGACGUGCUCGGGCCCUCUGCCGUCGUCGUGCGAGAGCUGCAGCGAGGGCAUGGAGCUGGAUGCCACGCGCCACUGUGUGCCCGCCGGCGGUGCCACUGCGUGCCCUCAUAAGUCCUACGUGGACGCCAGCGGCGACUGCAAGCCUUGCCACGCUACCUGCCAUCACUGUAGCGGGGGCGCGGACACGCAAUGCAUCUCCUGCGACCAGGGCAGAUUCCUCUUGAACGGCACCUGUAUAAAACAGUGUCCCGAUGGUUACUAUGGCGAUGGCGAUGAUUACGUGUGUGAGCGGUGGGUGCCACUUGUCGUGCCGCACCUGUCGCGAUCACGUUUGUAA